GCGAGGAAGGGUGGUGUUGUUGUAAGGGUUUGAGGCACAUUCCGUUUGCGUGGUCCUGCUAGACAUCCAGGUUUUGAAUUGGAUUCUUGCUUAGGGUUUCGCACAUUUUCUUUUGCUUCGAUCGGCCAUUUUUUCUCGAUCGAGGGUUUAUGCUUCCGAUUAAUCUCUAUCUUAAUUUCCUCUCGAUUUGAAAAUGUUAGGGUUAGAGCAUCUUCUUAUACUUGGAUUAAUUGUUUGAUUUUUGUGGUCGAUUUGAAAUAAUGACGGUGCCCUUGCCAAUUUUGGUCUGCUGAGAAUAAGGAUUCCGAGGAGACUUGUGUUUCUUGCUUUCGAUUAGUCAAACCUGGUAGAAAAUGGUCUUGGAUAUUAAGUAGAAAAUGGUCUUGGAUAUUAAGUAGUAAUUGUUAUUGCAACGGGAAAGCGGAGAAGACUAUUGUUAUACGCUUAAAGGUUUAACAUUUCUGGAUAUAAAGCUAAUUGUCAACGAUAAAACUGAAAUAAGUCAAUUGGGUGUGAAUGAAGUACACCCUUCACUGGGUUUAAUAAUAUUUUGUAUUACAUUUCGGAGUAUAAGACUUAAUUUGUGCAUCUGGAAAUUCGGAUUUUUUUUCUUUUCAGAAAUUGCUGUGUGGGAGCAGAACUUUUUGUCAGAGUUGAUAUGUGUAGUUAUUGGAAUUUUAUCUUAUGGCACCAACUGUACCUAUAGAGUUUGCUGGACAAAAGCAAUCCAGGAAGUACUCUCAUUCACAGAUCAUGGGGAAAUCUCGGAAAUACUCUAAGGGUUAUGCUACUGGCUUUGUUCCUGAUUUUCGUCAUGCUGUAGAGACUAUGGGUGAAUCAGAAGGGUUGGGUAGCUCGGGAAGGGUUGAUACAGAGCUGAUGGUAUCAGCAGAUUCUUGUGCACCGAAGAAUAAACGCCUUAGUUUGAAUGGUGAUCUUUAUGGUAGUUUUGAUGUACCUUUUAAACAUUUCUCAUUAUCAAAGAUGUCGGGUUUUGAGAGAAAGGAUUUGAAACAAAGGUUAAUUUGGGAACUUGAACAAGUAAGGGAAGUUCAGAAGAAAGUUGACAGUAUGAACUCGCAUAUUGUUGGAUUAUCUCCCUCUAGUGACAUAAGGAGCUGCAGUGCGGGACAGAAGAGGCCUCAGCUGCAGAGCCAGCAUACAACAUUGGAAACAUCAGUGCCACAUGGUAAGAAAAGGCCCUUACCAGGACGUAAUGGUCCCAAGACAAAGGGAAGUAUGUCUGGGCAUUUUGAAUAUGUGAAACCUGCCGCACCAGUGACUUCAUAUGCUACAUUGAUGAAACAGUGUGAGACAUUACUUAACCAUUUGAUGUCUCAUCAAUUUGGUUGGGUUUUUAACACACCCGUUGAUGUUGUUAAAUUGAACAUUCCGGAUUAUUUCACCGUCAUCAAACAUCCAAUGGAUUUGGGUACUGUAAAGCGUAGAAUAACAUCUGGUGAAUAUUCAAAUCCUAUGGAUUUUGCUGCUGAUGUACGGCGGACUUUCUCAAAUGCAAUGACUUAUAAUCCACCUGGAAAUGAUGUACAUAUCAUGGCAGAGACCCUUAGUAAAGUUUUUGAAAAGAGAUGGAAGGCUGUACAGAAGAAAAUUCCUGCCAUUGAUAGUGUCCCACCUGAGCCUUCAAAACUUGUUUCUCGUGUAGAAACUGAAAUUUCUGGCAGAAUUCCUCCUGCAAAAAAGAAGAAAAUGACAUCAAAUGAUACCAAUGUCAAGCCAGAGCCUGUUAAACGAACUAUGACUGACGAGGAGAAGCAGAAAUUGAGUCUUCAGUUAGAGGCAAUGCUUGGAGAGUUGCCUGAAACCAUUGUUGAUUUCUUGAAAGAGCAUAGUCAUGAUGCAGGGCAAACCAAUGAUGAUGAAAUUGAGAUUGAUAUUGAUGCCCUUAGUGAUGAUACCUUAUUCAGACUGCGGAAGCUUCUUGAUGAUUACAUGUUGGAGAAGCAAAAAAUCAAGGCAAAAUCUGAACAGUGUGAAAUGGAGCUCCUGAGUAAAUCGGGGUUUAGCAAUUCAUCAAUGCAACCAUGUAAAGGAAAUGAACAAGUUGAGGAGGAUGUGGACAUUGUUGGUGGGAAUGAUCCUCCUAUUUCAGAUUACCCUCCAGUAGAGAUUGAGAAAGAUGGAAUCAAUAGAACCAGUAAAUGCAGUAGUUCAAGCUGCUCCAGUAGUGAAUCUGGAACCUCAUCCAGUGAUUCAGACUCUGGUAGUUCAUCUGGUAUUGGGCUAGAUCCUGCUAAAGCAUCAGAACCUCUUAGCGCAACCAAGGAAAAGGUAGGAUCUGGCUUGACUUCUGAUCAAAAUAGAGGGGAGCCUGGUAAUUCAGAAACCAGAAUGGAUUCAAUGAAUGUGGAUAACCAAGUUGAGCAGAGUUCCCAGACUAAGCCAGUUACAAUUGAGCCAGAAAGCUGUCAAGAGGGGGAGAGUGCUGCAUCUAAGAGGCAAGUCUCUCCUGAAAAGCUCUACCGUGCAGCUUUACUAAGGAGCCGGUUUGCUGACACUAUACUUAAAGCUCGAGAGAAAGCCCUUGAAAAGGUUGAAAAGCGGGACCCUGAAAAACUUAGGAUAGAGCGAGAAGAUCUUGAAAGACAGCAGAAGGAGGAGAAAGCUAGAUUGCAGGCAGAGGCAAAGGCUGCGGAAGAGGCUCGUAGGAAAGCCGAAGCAGAAGCUGCUGCUGAAGCCAAAAGAAAGAGGGAACUGGAGAGAGAAGCAGCACGUCAGGCUUUGCAAAAGAUGGAGAAAACUGUUGACAUCAAUGAGAGCAGUCAAUUUUUGGAAGAUCUAGAGAUGCUGAGUGCUGUAGGUGAUGAACAUACACCAAGUUUCAAGGAGGAGACAAGCCCAGAACAUUCUCAAAACGGAUUGAGUUUCAAGCUACAGGGAAAUCCCUUAGAACAGCUAGGAUUGUACAUGAAGGUUGAUGAUGAGGAUGAGGAGGAAGAACCGCCUCAGAGUGCUGCUGGGCCAUCAAAUGAUGUAGAAGAAGGAGAAAUUGAUUGAUUUUUUCCCCGCUGAUUGUUGCUCUAAUUGAACAAAUAUAUAAACGGUGGUUCUGAGGAACAGUUGCUGGAUUUAGAGACGCUGCUUUUUGAGCGUGGAGCAAUAAUAGCUGUUUCUAUGGUCUGACGCUGGCUGGGCACCUUAUGAAAUUUGAUGGGAUAGCAAAAGCGUAGAGCCAAGAGGAUGAUUAUUGGAUUUGGUUUUGCUUCUUUCUGAUUAAAUUUGGUUUUAACUUGGGAAAUGGUUUUUGAAAAUGUGGAAUACGAAGCUUGCAGCCCCAUUUAUUGAAGGGGUUUGAUAUCUAGAAUGAAAGUUUGUAUCGAUAAUGAUAUUUCCAAUUUUGCAUGUAAAAAGGAACUCGUUCUGUGCCUGACCUUGAAUAGUUAGCUUCAUUCAUAAUGUAAAAUAUUUUAGAGCCGAGGUAAAAGCAAUUCUU